UUGAUUCCUCUCAACUUCAGUUCGUGGUUUGCAGUUGCAACUACUCCUUUCUCCUUAGUCCUUACACGAGCCAAUCGAUUGAUUUUUGCUACCGGGUUAGGAAGUGUGUGAUCCCAUUGGAGUGAUUUGGGUGAGAGGAUAUGAAAAUUCUAUUAGAGCAUGUGAACGUAUGGUUUAUCAGAACUAUUUAUUUACACUAAGAUUUAUGUUAAAGAGGUAGGUAACAGAAUCAACGAAUGAAUAAGUAUCAGGUGAAAAGAAUGGAUGGUCGAAAUAGACCGUGCGUACACAAGGACAUGAGUUGUAUUUCUCGGGGAGGGUGUUCAGUCGAAUUAUUGACCUUUGGACCAAUGAGAUAUUCGUGUUAAACACCUUCUACUUCAUCUUUGGCAAACUUCAUGAAGUUUGGUGGCUGGAUCGAGGAGUUAGGUUUUGGGGUACACACCGAACUCUUGAGUAGACCUCCAUCUUAGAGGGAACGUCAUAGAAGAAGGGCAGAUCGGCAGUGACGGUGGACGGGAUAGAUACGGGAUGAGUGGUUUGUCCAAAGGUAUUGGAAUAUCAAGUGUUACGAGGAAGUCUAUAUAUUGUGUUUUUAUCUUAAGAAGGUGAUCACUCUAAUAGCCCUCCUAUUGCCUAAUGUGCUAUGUAGGAUACAAAGUGGAUAAUUUCCUUCCAUCUAUUCAAUCGAAAGCUUGCAGAACAACUACCAAAAGGACAAAUGAUUAUCCAACUUAUCCUAUACUAUUUUUAUGUGUAUUUGAUUAAAAAAAUAUAGGAUAGGACACAUGAUAAGUGAUAUCCAUUCAUAUCCACUCUGAUUGUAUCAGUGGUCCUUUAUCGUUGGAGAGAAGAUGGAUAUCAUGUAGAGAGUUGGAGAGAAGAUGGAUGCAACACACAUCAUAUUGAUCAAGUGAUCGGGUACAUGUACACGUACAAGGGCCGUUAGGCCGUAACUAACAGAGAGAGUCAACUAGGAAAAGGGGAAACGAUCGAUCCUAGAGUCUAAGACAUGUACACCAGCAUGAACACGUGCGCUAACAAUACCAACCUCGACCAACGCGACUGAGGCGAUAAAGAUCUGCUCAUUCAAUCGUUCGCUCCGAAAACAAAGAAACCAAGAUUCUUGCAGGGCACGCACGCCCGGCAUGGGAGGAGCUGAGGAAGCUUCACCUGGACUGGACAAGCCGGGGUAAGAUGGUGAAGAAGCCAUGCAUGGUGAUCACCGUCGGAGAGGAAAGCCGGGGAGGAGAAUGGUUGUCCCUGACCGAGGGCGAAACUGUGCGGCUGAGCAGCAGCAGUGCGUGAUUUGCCAUCUGGCGAACGAGGGCAGGGAGCUGCCCGAGGCGCAUGUGAGUGGAGGACUGGUGAGGCUCGGUUGCGGUUGCCGUGGUAAGCAGGCGGCGACGCACUGGGGAGGCGCGGAGGCGUUGUGCUCUGUUUGCGGCAGCAGGAGUUGCGAGAUCUGCGGCGAGACCGCGGCGAACAUUAGCGGCAGCUGCGGCGUCGGCAAGGAGUUCAUACGGCAGUGGCACGAGACGGCGGGUGCGGAGGGCGGAGGCUCGCCCAAGGCCUGCGGUUUCUGCAGGAGCCAGGCGUUCUGCAACCUGCUGAUUGCGUGUCUCAUCAUCGUGUUCAUUUCGCCGUGGUUCUUACAUAAUCACAUGGUUUGAGAUAUCUUCAUUAUCGUUUGCAUGAUUACGUUGUUUUCGAAGGCUCUGCUUCGGAGGCUCGCAGCUGGUGCUAAAAUGAUUCAUGUGCAAAGCUUGAGAACAGUGAACUCUCUGAAUCUUUUUUUCCGAUAAGAGGGUAGGAUCCUAGGUUUUCAUCACCAAAACCAAAUCAUUCAUUACAAGAUGUCCAUCAGAAUUACUCAAAAGCCAUACACCAGGCAUCAUUUGAUUUUGUCUUUUGCAUGCUGUCGUUCUUGAACUUUUGGCCAUCCAAGGAACAAGAACAAGCGUAGUCCAUUCGAUGGAACAAGAACAAGCGUACUCCUCCAUUCGAUGGCUCAUCUUCCAAGGAACAAGAACAAGCGUACUCCUCCAUUCGAUGGAACACUGAGUAGUACCCUCUUGUAAAUUUAGAUGCCACUACUUUUAUUCUCCCUUCCAUGAUGUAAAUGUUAUCAUGUUGCUGAUGAAUCUUUGCCCCCGUUGCAUUAUGUGAUGAUUAUUACGGAUCAAAUCUAGAGGCUCACUAUA